ACAAUCACUUCCGCCGCCGCAGUCGCCACCCGCGGGGCUGCUGUCUGUUGGGGGAGGAGCUCGAGACCAGGGAGCAGCGGCUCUGGCGGUCGUGGCGGUCGUGGCGGUCGGAGGUCCGAGGUUCUGCUCCUCUCAAGAGCUUGCGGCUGCCUGGACUGGGUCUACACCUGACAGUCACUGGAAUGCUACUCCAGGCCUUAGAAGAAAGUGAAACUAAUUUUAAAGGCCCCUUAUUCUUUCUGUUACCUGCCUGCUGAACUGAAAAUAAAUCUCCCUGCUCCUUUAUUCUGAACUGAGUUGACUUUCCCAUCUCGAAAACGUGUGCAGAGAGCAGGAGCCUUUCCACCCAAGCUCCAGCUGUAUUGGAAACCUUCCUAAGUCAGAGCAAUGGGUCAGGAAUCUAGCAAGCCUGUGUGGCCCAAACCAGCAGGAGGGUAUCAGUCCAGUACAGGCAGGAGAUAUGGAAGAAGGCAUGCUUAUGUCAGUUUCAGGCCAUCCACGAGCCAGCAGGAAAGGAUUGCCAGCCAGGGAAAGACAACAUCUGAAGUCGCAAUGCACAGAUCAGCCCCCAGUCAAACCACCAAGAGGAGCCGAUCGCCAUUUUCCACCACUCGUCGCAGUUGGCACAGAGAGAGCUCGGGCACCGGUCUGAAUGUUGAUAAUGAGGACUAUUCCAGGUAUCCACCAAGAGAGUACAGGGCUUCGGGUGGCAGAAGAGGAAUGGCUUAUGGACAUAUUGACUCUUAUGGGGCAGAUGAUAGUGAGGAGGAGGGGGCUGGGCCUGUUGAGCGACUACCAGUGAGAGGGAAAGCUAGCAAGUUUAAAGAUGAUAAGCUGUAUGACCCAGAGAAAGGGGCAAGGUCUUUGGCUGGGGUGCCUCCACAGUUCUCUGGUAUUAACCAUGAUGUUAGAGAGGAGCUUGAUGAGUUAGAUCCAGCCCCUGCAACAAGAUGCUCUGCUGGCAGAGCUGAGUUCCUGCAGCAAAAUAGCGUGGUCUCUCAGAUGUCUUGUGCUGAAGGCAAGGUGGCCACAAAUGGUGACAGCUUGGAGAGGGAGAGACGAAAGCAGAAUUUAUCUGCACGUCCUGGCAGGGCUCCUGUGAGUAUGUGUGGUGGUGGGGAAAACACCCCAAAGAAUGCAGAGGAACCAGUAGUGAGGCCCAAAGUCAGAAAUCUGGCAAGUCCAAACUGUGUGAAACCAAAAAUAUUUUUUGAUACUGAUGAUGAUGAUGAUAUGCCACACAGUACUUCCAGGUGGAGGGAUACUGCCAACGCCGAUGAAGGCCACUCUGAUGGCCUAGCAAGAAGAGGCAGAGGCGAGAGUUCAAGUCUCUACUCUGAGCCGAAGUAUCCUGAAAACAAGAGGGAAGUGAGGAACGACCAAGUGAAACCAGAAAAAGUGCCGAGACGGCGACGAACCAUGGCCGACCCUGACUUCUGGACAUAUACUGAUGAUUACUACAAAUACUGUGAUGAAGACUCUGACAGUGACAAAGAGUGGAUUGCUGCUCUGCGUCGAAAGUAUCGAAGUCGAGAGCAAACCCUGUCCUCCAGUGGUGAAAGCUGGGAGACACUGCCGGGGAAAGAAGAGCGUGAACCUCCGCAAGCUAGAGUGAGUGACAGUGCCGGUGCCGGCACCAGCCCCAGUCCCAGCACUGGUGCCAGUGCCGGUGCCAGUGCCAGUAGCAAUGGCAGCAGUUAUCCUGAAGAGGUUCGAGAACCAUCUCUUCAGGAAGGGGAGCAGGCAUCCCUGGAAGAAGGAGAAAUUCCUUGGCUCCAGUACAAUGAGAAUAGCAGCGAGGGGGAUAAUGAUUCUGGUCAGGAUUUGAUGCAACCUGGUGUAUUCAUGCUGGAUGGAAACAACAACCUUGAAGAUGACUCCAGUGUGAGUGAAGACCUAGAAGUGGAUUGGAGCCUCUUUGAUGGAUUUGCAGAUGGGUUGGGAGUGGCUGAAGCCAUUUCCUACGUAGAUCCUCAGUUCCUCACCUACAUGGCACUUGAAGAACGCCUGGCCCAGGCGAUGGAAACUGCCCUUGCCCACUUGGAGUCUCUCGCGGUGGAUGUAGAAGUGGCCAAUCCACCAGCGAGCAAGGAGAACAUCGAUGCUCUUCCCGAGAUCCUGGUCACUGAAGAUCAUGGUGCCAUUGGUCAGGAAAUGUGCUGCCCAAUUUGUUGCAGCGAAUAUGUGAAGGGGGAGGUGGCAACAGAGCUGCCGUGCCACCACUAUUUCCAUAAGCCGUGCGUGUCCAUCUGGCUUCAGAAGUCGGGCACCUGUCCCGUUUGUCGCUGCAUGUUCCCUCCCCCACUCUAAAGACCAAGGCUGUUUACUCCUGGUCUGAUGAUUUUCCCCAUCUGAAAUCUACAAUACUGCAGGAGCCCUGUCAAAAUCAACAAUGAAAAUUAAACCAAUUGGUUAAUUAGACUAAACCUGUCAGUUUCUUGUGAGUGUUUCCAAUGUGAAAACAGUGUAUAUGAUUGCAUUAAAAAUCAUAUUGUCUUUUAGAGGUUAGAAAGGGAAAACUAAACUUUCUAAAUGCUACUUGAGAUUGCAGUAAGAACAUACAUUUUCUAACCUGAAAGUUGAAAUAAGUCGCAUUUGUUUUCUUCAGUAGAAUAUGUUGCUGUUAAUUGUAAUGUCAAGUUUAUCUGUUAAGUAUGUUCAAAAGGCAAAAUCAUUUUUGUUGCAUGUAAUGGGUUAAUGUUCCUGUAAUUGAAGUGCCGUAAAAGCUUAUUAAAGUUUUUCUUUUGGUUUUACAUGGUA